GCCAAAAUGGCGGCGUCCUGGUUGGUCUUGCUGGCGCUGUGUCUGCUGUUGCUGCUGCUGCUGCUGGGAGGAUGGAAGCGCUGGAGGCGGAGGCGGGCGGCCCGGCAUGUAGUAGCCGUGGUGCUGGGCGACGUGGGCCGCAGCCCCCGUAUGCAGUACCACGCGCUGUCUUUGGCCAUGCACGGCUUCUCGGUGACCCUCCUGGGGUUCUGCAGUGAGUGGCCAAGGGUCUCGGAGGGAGGAUGCACUCUCAUCCUUUGAUGCUCGGUUCUAACCGCCCUGGGGAGUCGAGGCGGCAGUGCUCCUUUUGUCGCCGCCUUUGGGCAGCUCUCCGAGAUUGGAGGAGCGGGUUCUGCCCAGCCUUUCCUGGACUCCAAACCCCAUGAUGAGCUCCUGCAGAACAACAGAAUUCAGAUUGUGGGGCUGACAGAACUUCAGAGUCUUGCAGUUGGGCCCCGAGUUUUCCAGUACGGAGUCAAAGUUGUAUUUCAGGCUAUGUACUUGCUGUGGAAGUUGAUGUGGAGGGAGCCAGGUGACUAUAUCUUUCUCCAGAACCCCCCAGGUCUGCCUAGCAUUGCUGUGUGCUGGUUCGUGGGCUGCCUUUGUGGAAGCAAGCUCGUCAUUGACUGGCACAACUAUGGCUACUCCAUCAUGGGUCUGGUGCAUGGCCCCAGCCACCCCCUCGUUCUGCUGGCCAAGUGGUACGAGAGGUUCUUUGGGCGCCUGUCCCACCUGAACCUGUGCGUUACCAAUGCCAUGCGGGAAGACCUGGCGGAGAACUGGCGCAUCAGGGCUGUGACUGUCUACGACAAGCCGGCAUCUUUCUUUAAAGAGACACCUCUGGAUCUGCAGCACCGGCUCUUCAUGAAGCUGGGCCGCACGCACUCUCCGUUCAGGGCCCGCUCAGAACCUGAGGACCCAGCCACGGAGCGGUCGGCCUUCACAGAGCGGUACGCUGGGAGCGGGCUGGUGACGCGUCUCCGCGAGCGGCCGGCCCUGCUGGUCAGCAGCACGAGCUGGACAGAGGACGAAGACUUCUCCAUCCUGCUGGCAGCUUUAGAAAAGUUUGAACAACUGAUUCUUGAUGGACACAACCUUCCUUCUCUCGUCUGUGUGAUAACAGGCAAAGGGCCUCUGAGGGAGUAUUACGGCCGCCUCAUCCAGCAGAAGUGUUUCCAGCGCGUCCAGGUCUGCACACCCUGGCUGGAGGCCGAGGACUACCCCCUGCUUCUAGGGUCGGCCGACCUGGGUGUCUGUCUGCACACGUCCUCCAGUGGCCUGGACCUGCCCAUGAAGGUGGUGGACAUGUUCGGGUGCUGUUUGCCUGUGUGUGCCGUGAACUUCAAGUGUUUACAUGAGCUGGUGAAGCAUGAAGAAAACGGCCUAGUCUUUGAGGACUCAGAGGAACUGGCAGCUCAGCUGCAGAUGCUUUUCUCAAACUUUCCUGAUCCUGCGGGCAAGCUAAACCAGUUCCGGAAGAACCUGCGGGAGUCGGAGCAGCUCCGAUGGGAUGAGAGCUGGGUGCAGACUGUGCUCCCUUUGGUUAUGGACACAUGACUCCUGGGCCAGAGGCUAAAACCCCAGGACCCCGGCUGCCCUCCCUACAGCUUCUUGGGAGUCUCAGGGCAAACCCUUUCAAGCAGCGCCUCCCAGUGGCCAGUAGCUGAAAUGACGGCAGUGGUGCCGCCUGGUGAAUGAAUUGGUUGGGACCCCGGAAGCUGUGGUUGGCCCUGAUUUCUUUGGAGGCUCGGAAACAUUUCCUGUCUUCUGUUCUUCACGCCCCAUGCCCCUGCUGGCGUAUUACUGUUCUGUGACUUCCCCAUGACCUCUGCAGGACUCCUCCUCCUGUGUUUGGUCUCCAGGUGUCGCCUUUCUGCCGUGUUCCUAACGUUUUGAUUCCUGUCUUGAAAAAAAGCACCGGCUGCACCGUAAGCCCAGGGAUGUGGCAGCUGCAGCGGGCUUGGCUUUGUGAGGAACCGAGUGUGUCCAUGUUGGGGGACAUCAUACUUGAUACACACGUUUUUAUUUGCGCAAAGAAAAUGCUAUUUUUGGAGCCA